AUGCAUCCACAGACGUACAUCUGGGAGGAGGCUCUCAAGCUGAUGGGCAUCGAAGAUGCUGUAGUUUUUGGCGAGACUCUGGUUGCACCGAACGAACAUGCGCGCCUGCCUGUCAAGAUCAAUGGAUACAAUGUUGAUAUCCCCCGUUCACCCUCAGACUCGCAUUUUGCACACUUGAACAUUCUGGGCGAGGACCUCAUCCGUGCGUUUGGUGCAAACGUCAACUGUGGUGGCAAUCCGCCCAACUUUGAGUUGGGAUUUCCUUAG